UCUUUUCUUCUUCCUCAAUUUCUGCUUCAAACGCUGCAAACCGCAGCUGGGAAGUGUUAGAUCUAAAGAUCUUUGGCUUAUUUAUGAAAUUCACCCUUUAAUUUACUUUAACGUUUCAAUUUAGUACAAAAUGCUUCUAAGGAGCGCGUCCACGCCGUUAAUUAAUUCAUGGAUCCCACACUCGAAGGAGCCAUCGCCGGAGCCCGAGUCGUCGCCCCUGAUUUCCCGAACCCGAUGCGUUUCUUUCAGGGUUCCGUGUUCGGUUUCUUUCGGGUCUUACGACGAAUCGAGGCGGAGAAUGACGAGGGCGGAUUCGGAGACGGAUCUGAGGAUGACCGGCUCUGAGGCGGUCCCUAAGAUGGGAAAAGUUAAGCAAAAUAGCGGGGUAUUUGUUGAGGAAGAAGAGGAGGUGGAGAGAGAAGAAGCUGGAUUUCAGUGGCGGAGGACGGCGUCGCUCACGGUGGAGGAAGAGUGUGGAUUAAGCGGCGGUGGCGAUGGUGGUGGAUCCAGUACCGAUGAUAACGAAUGGAGCUCGUGGGAUUCGAACAACGGAAAUGAUGGUACCGAGUUGUAUUAUCAGAAAAUGAUCGAGGCUAAUCCUGGAAAUUCACUUCUCCUCGACAAUUACGCUAGAUUCUUGAAAGAGGUCCGCCGGGAUUACGUGAAAGCGGAAGAAUACUGCGGGAGGGCGAUCUUAGCAAAUCCAAAUGACGGGAAUGUUCUAUCUAUGUAUGCUGAUUUGAUCUGGGAGACUCGCAAAGAUAGUUCCAGAGCUGAAACUUACUUCGAUCAAGCUGUUAAAGCUGCCCCUGAUGACUGUUAUGUGUUAGCGUCAUAUGCACGGUUUCUUUGGGAUGCUGAGGAAGAAGAUGAUGAAGAAGAAUCAGAGCAAAGCUUUAUCAAUGGAGUUCCUUCAAUGCCUCCUCCUUUGACUGCUGCUUCUUAAGGCUCUUCUGAUAUGUUUUUUUGCCUUUCUGACUAUUGUUAAUAUUACCUCUGUGUUAAGCAGAAAUGAAGUGAGUGAGCUUUGUAGUUAUUGAGAACUCGGUUUUGAUCUACUCGUUCUUGGAAGUACCCAUCAUGUAAAAGUAAAAAAAAUAAGAUGUGAAAAUGAGUUUUCUAUUGAAAUGUUAUUGUUUCUCUCU